GACGACGCCCAAGCGUCUACGCGCGACGACGUCGCCGCCGGCAACGCGGCGUCCGCGAGCGAGACGGCGAAUCUCGAGGCGCCGAGUGAGGAUGCUGCUGCUGCAGACGCGGCGGCAGAGUCUAGCGAGCGGGACGCAGCGGCGGUGGCGACAUCUAGCGAGGAAGAAGCAGCGGGGGGGCAGCCGAGCGAGGAUGCGACGGAAACGGUCGCCGGCGGCGAUUACACGCUGCAUUUACUGCAGGCCCCCGUCGAGGACGUCGCGCUGAUGGUGGCGCCGCCGUGCGAGGACGUCGCGCUGAUGGUGGCGCCGCCGUGCGAGGAGGUGACGCUCAGCGACGACGAGACGACGGUCAGCGGAGAGGAGAGCGCCGAGGCGAUGCUGGGUAAUUUGGUGGCGCCACCUGGAAGUGGCACGGCCGCGAACGCCGUCGCGGAGGGCAGCGAGGGCGCGGCAGACGACAGCAUGGAGGUGGACGAGGAAGUGCCGCUGCCGAAGCUCGUGGAGUUGAUCGACAUCGACGCAGACUCGCCGAUGGAGGUCGACGAAGCAGAGUUGGAGCAGGUGGCGCCGCCUGGCGAACAGACGGUGGGUCACGAGGUUGCGGGGUCGGCGGAGGGCGCCGGAGAGGUCGGCGAGUCUCAACAGAGAGGCGGAGAUUCGGAGUCGGCUGCGGGCGGACAGCAGACGGGGUCGGCCGACAAUGCCGCUGGACGGUCGAACGAUGGUGCGGGCAGCAGGGGGUCCGGUGCCCCUUCAGAGGGCACACAGGAUGGCUUGCAGUCACACGGGAGCGAGCUUGGAAUGGAAAUACCCACCGAGAUUACUCCAACGUCAAAGGUGGAUGCAGUAGCAGAUCAGGUUAUAACUCGUGUCAAGAGUGAACCAAUCGACGAGGAAUACAAAGAUGAGCCAGAAGUUCUCAUACUAUUUGAGAAGUUGGUGAAUGUGAAGACAGAGCCAGUGAGUGAUCAGGUGGUCGGGGUGUUAUCUGAUAGUGAGCCGAAAUCAAGCCAGGACUCUGCAUCCAAGCUUGGGAUAAGCAGGCAUAUCUGCAUUGUCUGUAAACAGAUGAGAAAGUGCAAGUACAAUAUCGUGAGGAAUGGAGACGUGCGGCACUUGUGCACUGACGAAUGCUUCAAAAAGUUCCGAAGCAACGCACAGGUCUACCUCUCCUCCCCUACCACGCCACCUGGACAGGUAAACUGCACCGUCUGUGACAAGUCCGUCACGGUGACCUCAUCCACACUGCAGCUACCAGGGGAUCCGCCUAAAUACGCCUGCUCCCAGCCCUGUUUACUCACUGCUAGCAGAGUCCAGGUGCCGGAGAAGAGCUGCAGUCAGUGCCAGAAGCUGAUAAAGGAGGAAUCCGGCCGGAAGCAGUUGCUGUCCUGGGAAUCGAUGGAUUUCUGUUCGGAGAACUGUCUCGGCCGCUUCCAGUCAAACCUGACUGCCAGCUGUGCAGCUUGUGCCGCCGAGAUUGUACCGCGCAAUCAGGCUAAGAUCGUGUUUAAGGUAGAGGGUGAGAUGAAGCAGUUCUGCAGCCCAGCGUGUCUGAAGACGUACAGAAACCGGCUGAAGAUGUGCAGCUUCUGCGAUAAGAACAUCACGAGCUGCGCGGAGACGUUCUCACUGCCCGUCGCUGAGGAGAAGGGCGGAGGAGUGAAGGACUUUUGCUCGCGCAAGUGCACGACUCACUACGAGACGAAGCUGCGCAUACAGCGUGGCGACUCCAGCGUCGUCGGCGCACACUGCUCGGUGUGCAGCGCGGGCGGGCGCGCCAAGCACGAGGUGCUGUACGAGGGGGGGCGCCACCGUCUGUGCAGCGACGCGUGCUUCGCGGCGUUCCGCUACGCGAACAAGCUCGCCGUGAACACGUGCGACAACUGCGGCGUGUUCUGCUUCAACGAGGACUCAACGCCACACUACAUCCAGUUUGAGGGCGCAACGAAGCGCUUCUGCAGCUUCAUGUGCAUGAGCGCGUUCAAGGUUCUCAAGCAAAAGGUUGCCGCCUGCACCUGGUGUCAGUCGAAGAAAUUGAACUUUGACAUGAUCGAGCGGACGGACUCGCAGAGCAAGUACCAGCUGUUCUGCAGCCUCAACUGCCUGUCGCUCUACCGCGUCAAUCUCAGCGCGACGUCGAGCAAGCAGGUCAAGUGCGACCAGUGCUGCGCCCUGCAGCCGGCGCAGUACCAUUUGACGAUGAGCGACGCGUCCGUGCGUAACUUCUGCUCGUACGGCUGCGUGAUGACGUUCCAGAACCAGUUCACGAAGUCGGGCAAGGUGCCGCCGGCGACGCCAGCGCGGCAGCAGACGACGACGACGACGACGACGACGACGGCGCAGGAGACGGCUCAGGAGGCUAGGCGGCAGAGUCAGGUGCAUGCGGACCGAGCGCUGCAGGAUAAGAGGAAGCAGAACCAGCAGCAGCGGCAACAGCAGCAGCGGCAGCGCGGGGUGGCGGGAUUACCACAGACGCCGACGCCUUUAUUGCCGCAGACACAGACGAGAGUGUACAUAACAACCUCCGCAAGCUUGGCGUCGAUGACGCCCGUGAUAUCACAGGUGAUGUCGCUCGCGCCCGCGCAAAAGUCAACACAGGUGUCGACGAUGCCGGUGAGAAGUGCGACGCUGGGCGCGGGCAUUCGUCAACCGCCGCCGCUGAGUCUCCCACAAACCAUGGUGGCUGACCACGCAGAUGUCGACAACGGCUUCAAACGGCAGCAGCUGCCCGCGGUGAUUGGCUUCGUCGUCGAAGACGAAUCGAUUAAACCCGUGCUUGUGCCCAUCCCUGUGCCCGUGUUUGUGCCCGUGCCCGUGUGCAUGUACACGCAGCCGGCGCCCAUUCCUUUUGCAUUCCCGGUGCCCGUGCCUAUCCCCUGCUUUAUCCCCACGACGAAGAAUUCGGCGGCGGCCAUCUUUGAACACAUCAAGGAGAUACAGGAGAAGAUUCCAUCUGAUCCAUUUGAAGCUGACUUGAUAAUGAUGGCAGCGAUGAUUGCAGAAGAGAACACUGAGGAGCAGAAGCCUCCUACACCUACUUGUAUAUCACCUGCAGCAGAAGAUGAAGAUGAGGAUGUCGCAUCUCCGCUAUGCGAUCCUCCCUCGGAAGCUCAGAGCAACGAAGAUACGGCGCCAGUGGAGGCAGAGCCGGCGCCCCCUGUGAGGGAGCCGUCGCCGGUCACCACGCCUCUCGGCGAGAUUUCGCAGGAUAACGACGUUGAAAAUCACAUUCCCACGAUGACGAUGAGCUUAAGGCGGCCCGAACCUGUCACAGCAUCCCCGAGCAGAGGCACGAAGCGCAGUCGCCGUGGCGGCAACACACGCAGUCGCAAGAAGAAGCAGGAGCCUGCAGCACAGCCUCCACCACUGCAGUCGCUUUCAGCUUCCACUGCAGAGCCAGGACCCGACGCGUCUUGCUCACUCAAGUACACAUACGGCGUGACGCAUGAAGAACUGGGUGCAGAUGAAAGAAUGCUUCGCUGGAGGCUGCGUCGACGCACAGCAGCCGCUUCCAGCUUCAAGACAGAGCUGCUGCAGAUGACAGCUGAGGAGCUCAGCUAUUCGCUCUGCCUCUUCGUGAAGGAGGUGCGCAAGCCGAACGGAGAAUGCUACGCGUCCGAUAGCGUCUACUACCUCUGCCUCGGCAUUCAGUCGUUCCUGUACGAGAACGGGCGAGUGGAUAACAUCUUCACUGACCUCUACUACAUGAAGUUUGCCGACUGUCUGCAUGAGCUCAUCUCCAGCUAUGAGCCAAUCAUCUCGGGCGAGGGAUACGUGCUGGGUCGCAUCGAGGAGGAGAUUCUCUGGGAGAGUCGGCAGCUGGGCGCGCACUCGCCCAACGUGCUGCUCAACACGCUCAUGUACUUCAACAGCAAGUACUUCCACCUGAAGGACGUCGCCGAACACAUGCAGCUGUCCUUCUCGCAGAUCCUCAAGCACUGGCGCCGCAAGCCAGACCCCGACUCCGGCAAGAAGCCGCCGCGCACGAUCUUCCUGCGCUACUUCCCGCUGACGCUGGAGAAGCAGCGAGGGCCCAAGCGCAAGUCGCAGGACGAUUCUAUGUGGCUAGAGCAAGCAGAGAAGCUGGACAACCCUCUACGCUGUCCCGUCAAGCUGUACGAGUUCUACCUCUCCAAAUGCCCCGAAAGUAUGAAGAACAAAUCUGAUGUGUAUUACCUGAUCCCGGAAAGGUCUUGUGUACCGGACAGCCCUGUAUGGUAUUCUACGUUACCUCUCACAAGUGACCAGGUGGGGAAAAUGUUGACGAGAAUCAAGAUGACUAGAGAAAUCAACGAAGCUCUGUACAACUCUGCAAUGCUCCCGACGUGAGUGGAACAUGAUUCACGCCGUAGUCAUGGCAAUGGGAGUCACAACUGACAUUAGCACUAUCAUUUAGCAGUUUUGUGGGGUGGAUCAAAGUUCAAAACGUGUGUUUCUUGCAUGCUCUGUAUCUGGAGGAGACACUUGGAGAAGUGGUAAUGUUAAUUAACACUCGAAUUUAGAGUUAUAACCCGUGAUCAUUGCAGGAGUCGUGGUGGGAAUCGUGUGUAUGUGCGUGCGUGCGUGCGUGCGUCUUGCUCACGUGUUUACGUAAAUAAACGGUUUCUGUAAGUAACAUUGCAGAACAAGCUUCUGCUGCAUUGGUUGUGGGGAUAGGUGAGAAAAGAUUGCAUGGGAUGUAAAUAUUUUGGAUAUUGCUAUUAAAGGACAAUUGAAGUCAAAUUU